AUGCCAGCGUGGAUGGAAGCAAUUUGCACCGAUGUACCAGAAAAGGAGCUCAUGGAACUGAAAGUCUCCCUGGGUAAGAUCCUGGAGCCUGAAGGUGCGUUGGUGGGUGUAGACGAGAAGAACCUGUACAAAUUCGCUGUGAUGAAAGUGACCACCACACCUACUCCAGACACUGUGCUGCCUGUCCUUGAAUGGUUCCAGCCCUCUUUCGAAGACAUAUGGCCCGAAACACAACGCGACAAAAAGGGCCAGUCGGAAGACGAACGUAGCAAAUCUGGGGGUACUCCCGCCACUUCUGUGGACGCCCUCAUGUCCAUCGCUCAUCCAUUAAGCAUGGGAGGAGACAAGAGUUCCGUCAGUGGAGUCCUCGUGCACAUGCCCCAUGUACGUAUAUCCGUAU